UUCGUGCGUCCUACUUUUGGACUUCCCUUAUAUCAAAUACUCCUUACGUUAAGCUGCACGAGCUCACACAAAUUGAACUUUUCAUUUAGCUUUUUAAAUUAUUAAUCCUGGUGGAGUAACGUUUACGAACAACCUGGCGUUAUGCGAAUAUGGGGUAGCUCCACUUUAUUGGCGUUCAUCAUUUAAAGAAAUAUUAUGUUUUACAUUCUUUGCAACGUCAUGCGAUAUACUCGUAAAACAGGACUCUGCCUAUCGAUGGUCGGGCUUCGUCUGUCCCUAAAGCAACGGUAUUUCCUCCUGCUGUGUGUUGCUGUCGGAGCGAUAAUCGCGUAUCAGCUAACAAGGCAUCGCCUUGAAGGAAGAAGAAUGAGCCGCGUGGAGGGUCUGAGGGCCAACUCGUCUCAGUUCACUCUGGAGGGAGAACCCUUCCGCAUCCUGGGGGGCUCCAUCCAUUACUUCCGUGUCCCCAGAGCCUACUGGGAGGACCGGCUGCUGAAGAUGAAGGCCUGUGGCCUCAACACUCUCACCACGUAUGUGCCGUGGAACAUGCAUGAGCCUGAGCGAGGGGCGUUCCACUUUGAGGACCAGCUGGACUUAGAAGCCUACCUCCGCCUUGCAGGCAGCUUGGGCCUCUGGGUCAUUCUGCGUCCCGGGCCGUACAUCUGUGCUGAGUGGGAUUUAGGGGGGCUGCCCAGUUGGCUACUGCGGGAUCCGAACAUGAAACUAAGAACAACCUACCCAAGAUUCACCGACGCAGUCAACUCCUUCUUUAAUCAGCUCAUUAAGAAAGUGGUUCCACAUCAGUACUCCGAGGGGGGCCCAAUUAUCGCAGUUCAAGUGGAGAAUGAGUAUGGCUCCUAUGCUAAAGAUGGACAGUACAUGCCUUUCAUCAAGGAGGCGUUAUUGUCCAGGGGCAUCACAGAGCUGCUGCUGACUUCAGACAACAAGGAAGGACUAAAGCAUGGUGGAGUGAAAGGAGCACUAGAAACCAUCAAUUUCCAGAAGCUGAACAUGAAUGACAUCCAGUAUCUGGAUGGAAUACAACCUCACAAGCCCAAGAUGGUGAUGGAGUACUGGUCUGGCUGGUUCGAUCUUUGGGGGGACCUUCAUCAUGUGUACACAGCUGAGGACAUGGUAGAUGUGGUCACGGAGAUCCUUAAACUAGACAUGUCCAUCAACCUCUACGUGUUCCACGGAGGGACCAACUUCGGCUUCAUGAGCGGAGCGUCCGCCGUCGGAAUGCCGGCGCCUAAACCGAUGGUGACAAGCUACGAUUACGAUGCUCCAUUAUCCGAGGCUGGGGAUUACACCGCCAAGUACCAUCUUCUGAGGAAUGUAUUCAGCCGCUACCACGCCCAUCCUCUCCCUGAACUGCCCUCUCAUCAGGAGAGGAGAGCGCACCAGCCUGUUGUCAUCCAGCAACACCUGUCUCUGUGGGACAGUCUGCAUCUCACUGACAAGCCUUUGAAGUCCGAGAGGCCGGUGAACAUGGAGAAUCUCCCCGUCAACAACAACAAUGGUCAGUCUUACGGGUACACGCUGUAUGAGACCUCCAUCACCAGCGAGGGGACCCUCAACUCAAAGAACAACAUCAGAGACCGAGCACUGGUUUUUGUGGCCAAACAUUUUGUUGGUGUUCUGGAUUACAAAACGCAAGAACUUUCGCUCCCUGAUGGGAAGGGAAAACGAAUUCUUAGUUUGAUGGUGGAGAACUGUGGAAGAGUGAAUUAUGGGAACACCCUGGAUGAGCAGCGCAAAGGUCUGGUUGGAGAUAUCGAGUUAAACAAGCGGCCCCUUCGUGACUUCAUAAUUCGUAGUCUGGACAUGAAGCCAGGCUUUGUAAACAGUCUGGAGACUUCAGGCCACUGGAUGUCUAUGCGUCAGCGGCCCACCUUCCCAUCUUUCUUCCAGGCCAGACUGUAUGUGAACAGUCCUCCUAAAGACACCUUCAUCAAACUCCCCGGCUGGAGCAAAGGUGUCGUGUUUAUCAACGGCAAGAAUCUGGGUCGCUAUUGGUCCAUCGGUCCUCAGCAGACCCUGUAUGUCCCGGGCCCCUGGCUCCACAGGGGGGACAACCAGGUGCAGUACUUCUGUCUUUUAUAUACAAGAUACUUCUAUCAAAGUCCCUUUAGCACUCGUGACCUUUCACCAAGGCUGUCCUCAGUUUGUUAUGAAACAACAUAUCUAAAAAAAACCUGCUUACCCUUUAUGUCUCUUUAACACUUUUUUAAAAUUAUUAACAAUUCAUCUAAAUUAAUUAAUCUAUCAAUAAAACGACUUGCUUUGUCUAAAAGAUGUCAGAAAAUAAAGCCAAAUAGCCAUCCCUUGUUUGUUUCUCACCAACAAUACAGGCCCAUCGAAAUAUUCACUUUACAAUGACGGAGCAAAGCAUCAAAUCCUUGAAAUGCAUUUACAAAUUCAAAAGAUGAACCACGUAUCAAAAACAGUUGCUUGUAAAAUGUUCUGAUGAUCAACGAUCAAUUAAAAGCAUUGUACAUGUGUUUUUUAUUUUUAUGUAUUGGGAUAUCGAUGUGCCUACAGGUGGCACUAGUAACAUUAUAAAAAUGGUCACGAGUCACUUGACAUUUUGCACAAUUUGUCCAUAAUCAUCCAUCCAUUUGUAUUAUUUUGUAUGAAAUAACUGAUUUAAAGGACUGUGCACAUCUAGCUACGCAGCUCCUUCAAUCACUCCUCACCUCUAUAAUAAGGUAUAAUAUACAGCUACUGAUAUUCAUCACCAUGCAGUUUUCUUUAUUUUGAUGGUGAGAGAAAGACAGGAAAGGCACGGGACAGAGCCGAUGUCAUGCCGUAAAAGGGCCCCGGACCGGACUCGAACCCAGAACUCAAGGUCUCGGCCCCAAUAGCGAUCUACCGGGGCCGCUCAUCGCCUUGUGGUUUGUGUUGUUGGCGUCUGGAGCGCUGGAUCAUCCGGUCCUGGAUUAUCCGGUCCUGGAUCAUCCGGUCCUGGAUCUCGCACAUUUUUUCUCCUUCUUGGCUUUCGCAGCGUUCCAUAUUCUGUUCAUUUAUUCACCUCUGAGCUCAAACACCCACUCUCGCUGUCCUUUUCAGGACCUCAGCGAAACUCGUAAUUUUUGUUUGCUUUAUUUCAGCUUGUAGUGUUUGAGGAGCAGGAAACCGACGGCAAGAUUCAGUUCACCAGCAGCCCUGACUACGGCAUGGCCGCUGAUGUCCAGUGA